AUGAGUUCUCCUAAAGUAUUUUUUGAUGUUUAUGCUGAUAGUACAUCUCUUGGUCGUGUUGUAUUUGAAUUAUUUGAUAAUGAAUGUCCAAAAACAUGUGAAAAUUUUCGAGCAUUAUGUACAAUGGAAAAAGGUUAUGGAUAUAAAGCAUCCAUAUUACAUCGUGUUAUUCGUGGAUAUUUUUGUCAAGGAGGUGAUUUUACUUCUUAUAAUGGAACAGGUGGAAAAUCAAUAUUUGGUAAAAAAUUUGAAGAUGAAAAUUUCAAUAGAAAAUUUAUUGUACCAGGAUUAUUAGCAAUGGCUAAUCAAGGAUCAAAUACAAAUACUUCACAAUUUUUUAUUACUCUUAUACCAUGUCCAUGGUUAAAUGGUAAAAAUGUUGUAUUUGGUCAAGUUGUUGAAGGUAUGGAUGUAAUUAAACAAAUUGAAACAUAUGGAAGUGAAACAGGUAUACCUACACGUCGUAUUCUUAUUCAAGAAUGUGAUUGUACCGAUUAUUAUACAUGUCAAUUAGAAUUAUAUGAUCGAUUACUGACAAAAUCACGUCCUUCUAUACGUCCAAUACAAAAUGAUUUGCAAAAAAUUAAUGUUCGUCUUGGAUUUUCAUUAAUCAGACUUGUCUCUGUUAAUGAAGAUGAUUCAUUAAUAACUAUUCGUGCACAUAUUAAUCAAACUUGGAAUACAUCAGUAUUUGGUUGGAAUUCUACACUAUAUGCUAAUGUUCAACAUUUCCGUGUGCCUGCACAUUCAAUUUGGACAGCAAAAAUAGAAUUAAUUAAUCCAAGUACGACAACCGAUUAUGAAGCAAAUCAUUUUAUUGAUGUUCAAUCUAAUGGUCGUUUUGAAUUAUCAUAUUCAACUCUUCUUACAAGUCCAUGUAAUUUUGAUAUGAAAAAUUUUCCAUUUGAUCAACAAACAUGUACAAUCAAGCUUGGUUCAACACUUUAUGAUAUCAACGAAGUAUCAAUAUCACAAGCAAUUGAUUUUGUUAUUGAUGAACCAAGUUUAAUGCCAAAUGGUUAUUAUUUUGUAUCACAUACAAUUGAACAAAAAGAUAUAUUUUUUGCUGGUUUCGAACGAAGUUAUGAUCAAAUAUCUAUACAUAUAAAUAUUCAUCGACGUUCCGAAUAUUUUAUUCGACUUAUUAAUUUGCCCGGUGCAAUUCUUAUGUUAUUAACACUAACAAUUUUUUUUCUUCCACCAUCAGCUUCUGAAAGAAUUAUUUAUGGUUCAUUAUUACUUAUUUGUCAAUUUAUUUUAUUAAUAAUCUUUGCUUUUCAUAUUCCAAAACGAUUAGGUGCAUCAUGGCCAUGGAUGGGAAAUGCAAUUUUUUAUGAUAUUUGUUUAACAGCAAUAGUAUUAGUGUUUUCAGUAAUGACACGAAUGCUUUCAGAUGGAAAUCAUUAUUCAAUUGAAAAGCCAUCAACUAAACUACGUUCUGUAUCUUUUUGUUAUUUAGCAAAAUUAGUUGGUCUAAAACGAAUAUCAUAUGCAACAUUAAUAACUAAUCGUGAAAAUGAAUAUGAUACAAAUGAUUCAGCAACUAAUGAAUCAGCUAUGGAACCAUUAACAUCACUUUCAAAUGGUUCAACAACAACAACAACAACAACAACAUCUGAUCUUCUUAUUUUAUCAUCAAAUACAAUAAGUCGUGAUAUAACUUCAAUAAAACAAAAAUUGAAUACAUUUAUUAAUGAGAAAUGUAUUCAUCAAGAAUGGAUUCUUCUUGCUCAUAUUAUUAAUCGUUUAUGCUUUAUUAUUUAUUUGUUUUUGUUUUCAUUCUCAAUUGGAAAUCAUUUAUUUCAUAAAUAA